UGUGAUUCACAGAGUUAAGUGUUCAUUUAGUAGAGCUGGGGUGAAAAAACACUGUUUCGACUUGAAAUGCUAGAAGAUUGUUGUUCUUGUGUUACUCAUUCAUGCAAAUUGGAGAAGGUAUAAUUGAAACAAGGUUGGCUGUGUUUGAGUCAGUGUGCUGCAGCUGAGCUCAGCUUAAAGGUCGCUGGAAAUCGAGUGCUUUGUAAGUGAAGGCAUUUUGACUACAAGCGAUUCAAGACAUUUUGGAAUCGUCAGUCUCAGGAAUGGGCCGUCUUUUUCCUCCUGUGAUAUCUGGUAUCUAAUGGUUUCCUGAGGGUAAAGGCUGCUACUUCGUAGCUCUUUCAGGCACCACCAAUGAUUUUUUCUUUUGCUGCGGUGCAGCUGCUUCUAGCCUGUCUCCCGACAGAGAUCUUUGUUAUGACUUUCAGCCCUUAACAUGUUUGGAAAUGAGAACAAAUGGCACAAAGCUUACGAUUGCACUUUGCAGCCAGAAGAAGUAAUACUUACCCUUUGUCAGAGACCUCCGGAGAUGAUUUGGAUAGCCAUGUCCACAUGUGCUUCAAAAAACCAACACGGAUUUCAGCGUCUAACGUGGUGCAAAUGAAGCUGACUCCCAGACAGACUGCCCUAGCUCCAUUAAUAAAGGAAAGCGUUAAGGCUCAGGAAAGAUCAUCUGUUCCUGCAUCUGAAAAUGUUCAUAAAAAGAGCAGCUGUCUACAGAUUUCGCUGCAGCCAACAAGGUACAGUGGAUGUCUUCCGUCUUGCAGUGUCUUGGCUGAUGGUGAUGAUGCGUCUUCGUUUGCUUGUGUCUUGAAGGAUGACAUUGACAGCAGUGCUGUGGUUGAUAAUGAACUGAAUGCUGUGAGUGAUGGCAACCUUUUGAGCAGUUCUGCCAUUUGCAGUGGUAGCCUCAGUAACUUUUCAGCCAGUGAUAAUGGAUCUUACAGCAGCACCGGUAGUGAUUAUGGGUCAUGUGCAAGUAUCACAAGUGGAGGAUCGUACACAAACAGUAUCAUCAGCGACAGUAGUGGUUAUACUUUUCCCUCAAGCGAUGAUACUUUUUUUGGUGGAAAUUUAUAUUCUGACAGCACCUCCAACAGAAGUGUGCCAAACAGGAAUACUACUCCCUGUGAAAGUUUUUCAAGAAGUACAAGUACUGUUCCUUUUGUCCAGGAUGACUUGGAGCCUGGAAUAGAGAUUAUGAAAUUGCCAUUGAGCAGGAACCCGAAAAUUCCACUCAAGCGCUGCUCAUCCUUAGUGAUUUUUCCUAGGAGUCCUUCAAAUACCCCACCAACUUCUCCAACAACUACAGGGACUCUUCCAAGCAAAGGCUCCUACCAAACUUCUCACCAGUUGCUUGUGUCUCCUAGCGAAAUUGCACAUAAUGAAGAUGGUACUAUUUCUAAGGGAUUUCUUUCCACAGCCAUCAAUGGACUUCGGUUAUCUAAAACAAUUUGCACUGCUGGAGAAGUGAGAGACAUCCGGUCGCUUCAUGGGAAGGGCUCAUUGCAGAAGAAAAUUGUCCUUUCAAAUAAUAGUCCGAAACAGACUGCCUGUGAGAAGUCGCCUGAAGGAUAUUCUUGCCUUUCAGUGCAUUUCACCCAACACAAGGUGACCACAGUAGAUGGCAAAAAUAUGAGUGGUCAUUGUAAACCAGAGAAGUCGGGAGUUAAGCUUAAUUCCGAUUCAGAAUGUAGCAAGCUCGAGCACAAGACAUCUGCCUGUUUGCCAUCUUCCCAAAAUGCAGAUUACCAAGUAAAUGUCAGUGGAGAGUUGGAAAGACCAAAUUCACAGAUAAACAAAAGCCAUGCCAUUUUACAAAGGAGUAUUUCAUUGGGAGGAACUUAUCCAAAUAUUGCCUGUUUAUCCAGCCUUAAGCACAAUUGUUCUAAGGGGGGACCAUCUCAAUUACUCAUAAAGUUUGCAUCUGGAAAUGAAGGUGAAGUUGACAGUUUAUUAAGAGAGAGCAAAAGAGAUGUCACAAGUGAACUGUCUAAUUCUUGUAAGACAAGAGAUGAUUUCCUCGGUCAAGUGGAUGUUCCUCUGUAUCCAUUACCGACAGAAAAUCCCAGAAUGGAGAGACCAUAUACAUUUAAGGAUUUUGUUCUUCAUCCAAGAAGUCACAAAUCAAGAGUUAAAGGUUAUCUGAGAUUAAAAAUGACUUACUUACCUAAAACCAGUGGCUCAGAAGAUGAUAACACAGAACAGGCUGAGGAAUUAGAGCCUGGCUGGGUUGUUUUGGACCAACCAGAUGCUGCUUGCCAUUUGCAACAGCAACAGGAGCCUUCCCCUCUACCUCCAGGAUGGGAAGAGAGGCAGGAUAUCCUGGGAAGGACCUACUAUGUAAACCAUGAAUCUAGAAGGACACAGUGGAAGCGACCAACCCCUCAGGACAGCCUAACAGAUGCUGAGAAUGGUGACAUUCAGCUGCAAGCCCAGCGGGCGUUCACCACCAGGAGGCAGAUAUCCGAGGAAACAGAAAGUGCUGAGAACCGAGACUCUUCCGAGAACUGGGAAAUUAUAAGAGAGGAUGAAGCCACCCUGUGUGGCAGUCAGGCCUUCCCAUCACCUGCACCAUCCAGGAGCGCGGAUGUUCAGACUCAUCUUGCGGAUGAACUGAAUGCCAGACUUGCUGUCUGUGGAAAUUCAGCCACUAGCCAGCCGGGAUCCAGCUCAAAUCACUCCAGCAGAAGAGGCAGCUUACAAGCCUACACUUUUGAGGAACAGCCUACGCUUCCUGUGCUUUUGCCUACUUCAUCUGGACUACCACCAGGUUGGGAAGAAAAACAAGACGACAGAGGACGAUCGUACUACGUAGAUCACAAUUCCAGGACAACCACCUGGACAAAGCCUGCUGUACAGGCCACAGUGGAGACCAGUCAGCCGUCAUCAAGCCAGAGCUCGCCCGCCGGCCCCCAGGCGCAGGUGCCUCCCGGAGACUUGGCACAGCAGGUGCCCCAGCUGGCAGAAGUGGAGCAAGGAUUCCUCCCCAAGGGCUGGGAAGUCCGGCACGCGCCCAACGGGAGGCCGUUCUUUAUUGACCACAACACCAAAACCACCACCUGGGAAGAUCCAAGAUUGAAGAUUCCAGCUCAUCUGCGAGCAAAGGCACCACUGGAUUCAUCCAACGAUCUGGGGCCUUUACCUCCAGGAUGGGAAGAGAGGACUCACACAGAUGGAAGAAUAUUCUACAUAAAUCACAAUAUUAAAAAAACACAAUGGGAAGACCCUCGGUUGCAGAAUGCAGCCAUCACCGGACCAGCAGUGCCCUACUCCAGGGAUUACAAGAGAAAGUAUGAGUUCUUCCGAAGAAAGUUGAAGAAGCAGAAUGACAUUCCAAACAAGUUUGAGAUGAAGCUCCGCCGGGCCACCGUGCUCGAGGACUCCUACCGGAGAAUCAUGGGCGUCAAGCGAGCAGACUUCCUCAAGGCCCGGCUCUGGAUUGAGUUCGACGGUGAAAAGGGGUUAGAUUAUGGAGGCGUCGCCAGAGAAUGGUUCUUCCUGAUCUCAAAGGAAAUGUUUAACCCUUACUAUGGGCUGUUUGAAUAUUCUGCUACGGACAAUUACACCCUACAGAUAAAUCCAAACUCUGGGUUGUGUAAUGAAGAUCACCUCUCUUACUUCAAGUUCAUUGGCCGAGUGGCUGGGAUGGCAGUGUAUCACGGCAAGCUGUUGGAUGGUUUUUUCAUUCGCCCAUUUUACAAGAUGAUGCUACACAAACCGAUCACACUUCAUGAUAUGGAGUCAGUGGAUGGUGAAUAUUACAACUCACUAAGAUGGAUUCUUGAAAAUGACCCAACAGAACUGGACCUCAGGUUUAUCAUAGAUGAAGAACUUUUUGGACAGACACAUCAACAUGAGUUGAAAAAUGGUGGAUCAGAAAUAGUUGUCACCAAUAAGAACAAAAAGGAAUAUAUUUAUCUUGUAAUACAAUGGCGGUUUGUAAACCGAAUCCAGAAGCAAAUGGCUGCAUUUAAAGAGGGAUUUUUUGAACUGAUACCACAGGAUCUCAUUAAAAUUUUCGAUGAAAAUGAACUAGAGCUUCUUAUGUGCGGCCUGGGAGACGUGGAUGUGAAUGACUGGAGAGAACAUACGAAGUAUAAAAAUGGCUACAGCAGCAGUCACCAAGUGAUACAGUGGUUUUGGAAGGCUGUUUUAAUGAUGGAUUCGGAGAAAAGAAUAAGAUUACUUCAGUUUGUCACUGGCACAUCCCGUGUGCCUAUGAAUGGAUUUGCUGAACUCUAUGGCUCAAAUGGACCACAGUCGUUCACAGUUGAACAGUGGGGUACCCCCGAAAAAUUGCCGAGGGCUCAUACCUGCUUUAAUCGCUUGGAUUUGCCACCCUAUGAGUCCUUUGAAGAAUUAUGGGAUAAGCUUCAGAUGGCCAUUGAAAACACUCAGGGUUUUGAUGGAGUUGAUUAGAGUACCAAUAACCAUCUAUGGUGUUUUUACUGUCGCAGUUUUAUAAGCAGAAUCUUCCAGGGAACUACUAAAAGUUGGCCGCUGGUUGGAGAAAAUCAUAAAAAAAAAAACAAAAAACAUUAGAAUAAGUAGUAUGACAACUAUACCAUUAUUUCACUCAGUGUGUUGCACAGACACAGUUGUUGCAUUCUGUCUUUAGAGGUCACGCUAUAGGAUCUAAGUCCUGUGUGCCUGAAACAGUGAGUUUUGUCCUUAACAUUUACCUCUUUUACAGUAUUUGCCAGGCAGUUCUUUCUUAAACUACUGAAAUUAUAACUGUGAAAUAUUUGUGAUAACUGUCAUGUGUGAAAAGUUUGAUGCUUUUUGAAAAGGAAAACUAAAAUGGGGGGGAGGGUGGUGCUUUAAUUUUUGAGUAAACUACAAUAUAUUACUGCUAUUCAUAGCUAUUUAUUAUUUUGUAGCCCUGCCUUAUGCACCUUACUGCCCAGAUUUUUAGGAAAAAAAAAAAAAAAACUUGGAAAGUGCAUUACCUAUAUUUUUAGUUAACUGACUCACUUGCAAAAAAUUGUUUACUUCACUGUAAAAGUAUUUGGCUUGUGUUAAUAGGCAGUUUUACUAAACAAGGUGGCUCAUGAGACAUGUGAAGCAAAUUCUUAUUUGCAAUGGGUGAAAAGUAUUAAUGCCUUUCUCUUGCCUUUAUAGCAUAUGGUUCUUUGAUAUAGCCAUUGUUUUUUCAUGUUUUCAUGUAGUUAGAAUUCCUUUGAACAUUAAAGCUCUAUGAAGCAGUAUUUCUAAAUAUGACUUGAAGAACUAAGUUAAAUGUAUAGCAAGAAUUUGCCUUUAGUAGUCAUUCUUUACACUUGCACAAUUAUGUAGUAAAUAUAUGUUUACAGGGUUUAAUGUGUUUACAGGUUAAGCUAAUUUCUGUAGUUGCAUUUUUAUAUUUUUAGUAUCACUUUAGUAAAAAAAAAAAAAAAACCAAAUACCUUAUUAAAAAUAACCAAAGAGUAGUUGUAAUGCAUAAUUUGUGUUAAAUUUGUUACCGUUUUUCUUAGCUUUUUAAGAAACACUGUUUACUAUGAAAAUGAUGAUGUUUCAUUACAAGUCCAAAACUCUAGGCAGAAGGCUACAGGGAGAAUUCCGCUUUAACUGAAUUGAAGUACAGAAAGACAUGCCCAUGUGUUCAACAAACAUUUACCGAAGACCUGCCGUGCCCGUAGCGCUGUGCCAGGCCCUGGAGGUCAGAGUUGUUAGCUUCAGAGAAACCCAGCUCAGUUCUCAAUGCGUAAAUGAAUUUGUGACUAGUUGAAAGUAGGGGUGACGAGGCCAAAAGGACACUGUGCACAUGCAAGGAUAGAGUACGCCAGGAUUCUGUGUGCUUCAUCCCAGGAUUUACAUAAUUACUUAGCUGAUGCUCUUACAAAAAUUAAACCUAUUUCUCAAUAUAUCUUGGUGGUUUAGGAAAAAUUGUAAAUAUAUGUUAUGAAUCAUCUGAAAUACAUGUAUAUGCUCUGUGAAAACUGCAAAAAGUACUUCUGGCUAUUACUGGCUUCAGUUUGCUGGAGUAUAAUAUGGUGAGUACCCAUUAGCACCUGGUAGAGAGCUGCACUGUGACUGUGGCAAAACCACUUUUCAGAUGCCACAGCCUCAGCUUGGUUUAGGGAAGGCAAUCCACGGAUCCACGCACCCUGUGUCAGUGUCUUCAGCAGUGUCUGCCAGCGUUCAGGUACGUCCGCCAGGUGUCCUCCUGGCUGUUCACCUAUACCUGUGUCAACGGAAGCAAGUUUUGUAACCUCUCUGGGCUCCUGUCUCUUCAUUUGUCAAGUGAAAGUGUCCACGCCCACCCUUAUCGUCAAAACCUGAGUGUUGUUAAGUUCCCAAGAGAGGAGACGUGGGAGAAGCUCUGUAAAGGACUGGCCGUUAGAUUUGGUCGCAUCAGGAGUGCAGCCUGCCUGUGCUCCUAGGAAGAAUCUCCUCCUUUAAAACGGAAAGGACUUCUGACAGACAAGGAAGCGGGAGCAUGCCUGCCACACAUGCCCAUGUGUGUGUCCCUCUCUGUGUCUCCACGUGGAUCUGACCAUCAGAAUUCAGUUUUCCACAUCAGCAAAGUAUUAUUAAAACGGGGCAAUUCAUUUUGGAAGUGUGCUCCCUGCAUAGAACGGAAUGUGAAAACUAUUUUUGUUAAAACAGAAUUUUACCAAAUGAUUAUUUAAAUGUCACGUCUGUAAAUACAGCACAUGCCAGAAAUUGAGAAAAUACAAAGGUUUCAUUUCACCUGACCGACAGAUACCCAUAUGCCUGGUCCUGCUACUCAGAAAGAAUCUGGUGUGAGUGGAACCAGACACUCUGCUGCCAGCUCCCAGCUGUAGCCCAUCAUUCCCUCCAUCUCCCAGGUGUGGGCCGGCAGCCCAGAAGGAGCCAGUAUCCAGCCACACAGCCCCGCCUCACAGACAGAAAAAUAUCUCAAAUGCAUUCUGCUGGCGAGUCAGUGGGCUCCUGGUCACUAAGCAAGGAUAUCCUAUUUUUCUAGACAUUGUAAGCACAUCACUUCAGCCUAUAUUUUCUCUAUUCAAAAAAUUGUAACAGACUUCAAAUUAUAUUACAAAUGCAUCAUAACCAAAAUCUAAAUGGUAUGUUUCCAUGUAUUUAUAAUGCUGAAGUUAUUCCAUAUAAGUAUCAAACACAAUUCGUUUUGAUUAUAAACUAUUUGACUUUAAAAAAAAAAUUUGAGAUGAUAAAUACAUAUCGAGAUUAAUGUAUCAGAUGCAAACUUUAUAAAAUUUUUUAAAUCUGGAUUUCACA